UUGCGUCGGUGUGUCAACAUGGCGCCUGUCUGCCGGACAAAAGGCGAAUCUGUCUGACGGCGGAUUGAAGCCCAAUUAGAAGCAGAGGAGACAUUUUGGGAAAACUGUCAGUGUCUGUGUGUCCCUGCGCCCCGAGGCGAUAGAUAUAUGGUAAAACAAACAUCCGCGGAGGCUCUUGGACUGGAAUAAUAAGGAUGUUCCAGCAGUGUGAGGAGCCUCGCUUCACCAUCGAGCAAAUUGACCUCCUCCAGAGGCUACGGAGGACGGGCAUCACCCAGGCAGAGGUUCUCCAUGCUCUGGACACCCUGGAUCACCUGGAUCGGCAGCAUGGGCACAAGUUGACCCAUAAACCUUCCUAUAUGCCACCUUCGUCUUCCAGCACUGUCGCCGCCUCUUCUUCCAUGACUUCUACCGCCACUCAGACAAGUUUUCCCAAAAACCGCCUCUCAUUGUCCCCUAAUAACAACUUUGACACCACCUCCCCACCUCUGCCUGUUCCGGUAGCCUCACCUAAUACCAUAACAGCAGUAGUGCCAAACGGUUUGGUUGCCGUUACCAAUGGGAAGCUUUCACCACCCCGGUUUCCUCUUGGGGUGGUUAGCGCUACUGUAACCACACCAGGGUAUGCGUUUGAAGCUAGUGAAGAGGACAUAGACGUUGAUGAAAAGGUGGAGGACCUGAUGAGGAGGGACAGUGCUGUGAUCAAGGAAGAGAUUAAAUCCUUCCUGGCGAACCGACGUAUAUCCCAGGCUGUGGUUGCUCAGGUAACAGGAAUUAGUCAGAGCCGGAUCUCCCACUGGCUCCUACAGCAGGGAUCGGACCUCAGCGAGCAGAAGAAGCGAGCUUUCUUCCGCUGGUACCAGCUGGAGAAGACCAAUCCUGGUGCUACUCUGGCAAUGCGAGCCACCCCCAUACCACUGGAGGAGGUGAUGGACUGGAAUCAAGCUCCUCCUACAUUUGGUUCGGCCCCCGGUGGCUUCCGUCUGCGGCGAGGGAGCAGAUUUACCUGGAGGAAGGAGUGUCUGGCUGUCAUGGAGGGCUAUUUCAAUGAUAACCAGUAUCCCGAUGAAGCCAAGAGAGAGGAGAUUGCCACUGCCUGCAAUGCUGUCAUACAGAAACCAGCUGAGUCGAUAUGCUAUGAUGACGUUUGUGUUUUUGAAGAAGCAGCCAUCUUGGAGAGUCAUGGCAUCGAGGUUCAGAGUCCAGGAGGUCAGUCCAACAGCGACGACGUGGAUGGCAACGACUUCCCUGACCAGGGCUGUGAGGUGUCCUUAUUUGAUAAGAGAGCUUCAGCAAGGCAGUUCAGUUUCAGUCGAGCUGACCUGUCCUCUCCAACCCAGGUUCCCACACUGCUUCCCAGCUGGUUUUCUGCCCUGGGUAGAGGGGGCGUGUCUGGACAGAGGGCCGCAUCUCUGAUUGGUCGCUCCCUAAUAUCAGGCACGGUUCCUCAGAUGGAAGGUUCCAGAUUAACAGGUGUUUCCUGGUCCCCUCCUUCCCCCUCUCUCCAGGACGAGCCCACAGUUCACAGUGCCCUGUCCGAGGCCCAGGAUCCAGUCAGUUUGGAGAAGGCGGCGGCAGUGAGUGACAGCAGCCCGGUGGUAACCAAUCAGGGGGAUGGCGCAGGGUGCAGCGUGGGGAAUGACAUCAAGACGGAGACUCUGGAGGACGACUGAAAGGAGAGGCAGAUAUCAGAGCUGUCAGAGCGAUAAACAGGUGUCAUUAUAUGCAAGCAGAUUUUAUAGGAAUGUAAUAAUAAGUGGAAAAAAAUGACCAAAAGUCGUGUAAAGUCCAACCCUGAGAUACCUCCCAACCCUACCUCCAACCACCAACCUGCUCUGCUACGCUCGUAUAGGCAUUAUUAUUGUAUUAUAAUUAUAAUAUUAACAAUAAGCUUUUAUUUGUUAGUGUUCCCCAGCAACCUGUGGGAAAUUUAAAAUGUACCUAAAAACAAAUCCAGCAAAGAAAGUGAAAUAGGACGCACCUAUAAGGGAACACAUGCUGUAGCUGUCCGUUUUCUUUGUUGAUUGUUUAUGUUGAGGCAUUUUAAAUCUUCCAUAGAAGGCUGAUAAACAGGACUUUCAUGUAUUGUGCAGAUUUUCUUGGAAAACUGCUUUUUUUUCACAGCAGGACAACACUGUAUUUGACAUGGAAUUCCAAACAUUUCAGGGUCUUGCACUGUGAUCACAACACAACUUAACAGCCUCAAAAGAUAAAUGCAUUCAUUUUAGUUUAUAUUAACUGAUAGUUAUAAAGUGUUGCAGCACAUUUCAUCACAGUUCUUUAUAUUUUAAAUUUUAGAUUUAAUCUUAGGGUAACAGCAUAUAAGUAAUCUGUCUCUGGGCCCAAAAUGUCUGAAAAAUGUUUAAGAAAAAAAAAAGAGAGAAAAACAGUAUGAGCCUCCCCUGCCUGAUAAGAUAAACUUAAUGUGUAGAAGCAGCGAACGCCAUAAUGAUUAUGAUAAUGCAAUUUUAUCAUUACUAAAUCUUUCAGAAUUUAUUGUUUUCACAGAUUUUUCUUGUAUUCGUGUGGUUAAUUAUAUGCUGCAAGUUUAUAUUGAAAAUUCAGCCGCCUAAGGUUUUCAGGCACUAAUUUGGACUUAAAUGUGAUUUAUUUCUAUUUACAAUAGUGAUAUUACCCUUUAUAAAUAUUUAAAUACUGUGAAUUUAGUAGCGUUUAAACUAAUUAGGGCCUCAGUUUCCAGUGAGAAUUUAAAUCCUGUACGGCUUUACUUUGCUUCCAAAUCGAUAACAAGUUUUUUUUUAAUUUCGUUUUUUUGUUUUGUUCUUUUGAGAGAGUUGUAUGAAAACUAGAAACCUGGGCGUCCUUGUGACCGGGUGAUGUUUAUUCAUUCGUACCCAGUUACCUGCUGGAUUAUAUAAUUAAUAAUCAACACAUAUCAUUCAGCUGAGAGGAAGUCAGUAGUGUCAAAAAGCUGUUUAAAUACUAAAGAUUAAAAUGUAAAGUGAAUAAAUACAGAUGGGUGAUAAAUUAAAGGAAACUGAACCACUGAACUGAAACUGAACCACUGACCCCUACAGUGUUAGGAUCCAGUUUGGGCCUGUUUGUCCCUGUAGAGGGAAAGGACACAAUAACUCUACUUUCCUAAUAAGGGCAUUCUCUUCCAGGCUGGCAGUGCAUUGUAUCUUUAGGCAUGCACUGUGCAUAUAGCUUUCAGACGUGCUUUAAGUUUUUCUAAACAUGACCUAUCUUUUGAUUUUCAUUUUUUUUUAAAUGGUUAUCUUUUGAGGUGAAAAAGCAAGUAUGUUUGGUGUUAAUGUCACUGGCUGGAGGCCAUUGAUUGGUAAACAUUUGGUGCUUGGAAAGCAGCUGUGGCUGAGAGAGCCAUUCAUAAACUGAUUGGAAGAUUAGUGGUUCAGUUUGCAUGUCGAAUUGUCCUUGGGCAAGAUGCCGAACCCCAUAUUAACACAUUUGAGAUGUUCAAUACGGGUGCUAAUAUGAUAGUUAGUAAUGUAAAAAACCUGAUAUUCCGACUAUAUUGGCCCAUAUGUUUUUUCAUUCUCUAACAUUUGUUGUGUAGCUAUUUAUUUACUUGUUUACGCUCUGCACUUCUCAGCUGGGAUCAGCUGGUUUUUGUGUUUGCAUUGUACCAAACAUAGAUAUUUGAAACAUGUUUGCUGUUGUAAGUAGGGCUGCCACAAACGAUUAUUUUGAUAGUCGACUAGUCACCGAUUAUUUUUGCAAUUAGUCAACUAAUCAG